CAAGUUGAUGAUCGUCCCAGACGGAUGGUCCAUGCGAUGUGUGCAAGUGUUCACAUGUGUGAAGGAGAGGAAUAAGGAACAGAGAAAAAACGAAAACAAAAUUUUUAAGUACACACACAGAGCAGAGAAAGAACUAACAAAAAAAAAACAGAAAGAAAAAGAAUCGUUCGAAGUACGAAGAGUUUAAAAUAGUGCGUGCAAUCUGAAACGACUGAAUUCGGAUUUGGUGCAUCGAAUCGGUUAGUUAAACAUGAAUCCAAUUAAAUAUUCUUCGGAAUAUUUGGUUGCGGUGAUUGUGUCCGUGCUUGUGUUGACCAUCUCAAAUGUUCGAGCUGAAUUAACACCGCCGUAUUUCAAUUUGGCCGAAGGACGACACAUCACUGCCACAGCCACUUGUGGUGUUGGAAGCGAUGGUCCUGAAUUAUACUGUAAAUUGGUCGGAGCAAAUACUGAACAUGAUAACAAUCAACAUGAUUAUAAAGUGAUCCAAGGACAAGUUUGUGAUUAUUGUGACCCAACGCGGCCUGAUCGUGCACAUCCUCCAGAGUAUGCCAUUGAUGGAACAUCAAAUUGGUGGCAAAGUCCUCCAUUGUCACGUGGUAUGAAAUACAAUGAAGUCAACCUAACCAUCGAUUUCGGUCAAGAAUUUCAUGUCGCCUAUUUGUUCAUUCGAAUGGGUAAUUCGCCACGUCCUGGCUUAUGGACACUGGAAAAGUCAUCGGAUUACGGUCAAACAUGGACACCAUGGCAACAUUUCUCCGAUACACCCGCCGAUUGUGAAACAUUCUUCGGACGCGAUAGCUUAAAACCAAUCACAAAAGAUGACGAUGUCAUUUGUACGACGGAAUAUUCGAAAAUUGUGCCAUUGGAAGAUGGUGAAAUUCCGGUGAUGCUUUUAAACAAUCGACCAUCGGCAAAUAACUACUUCAAUUCAACGGCUUUGCAAGAAUGGACUCGUGCCACAAACGUUCGUUUCCGCUUCUAUCGAACGAAAAAUCUGUUGGGACAUUUGAUGUCGGUUGCACGACAAGAUCCAACCGUUACACGACGUUAUUUCUAUUCCAUCAAAGAUAUUUCGAUCGGUGGUCGUUGCCGAUGUAACGGUCACGCAGACACAUGUGAUGUUCUGGACCCGAAGAGUUCGACAAGAUUGUUAGCGUGCCAAUGUCGUCAUCAUACUGCUGGUAUUCAUUGUAACGAGUGCCAAGCCGGAUACGAACAGAAGAAAUGGAGACAAAAUACCAAAGGACGCCCAUUCCAGUGCGAACCAUGUAAUUGUCACGGCCACUCAAUCAAUUGUGUUUAUGACGAAGAAAUCGAUCGUCAAGGAUUAUCUGUGGAUAUUCACGGCAACUAUGAAGGUGGCGGUGUAUGUAAAGACUGCCAACAUAAUACCGAAGGUAUUAACUGUAACAAAUGCCAACCGAAAUACUAUCGACCAUACGGAAAACACUGGAAUGAAACCGAUGUCUGCAGAUAUUGUAAUUGCGAUUUGUCAUUCUCGACUGGUAAUUGUGAGGAAGAAACUGGAAGAUGUGAAUGCCGAAAGGAAUUCCAAGAGCCCGAUUGUAAAUCAUGUUCGUUUGGUCAUUUUGGCUAUCCAAAUUGCCGUCCAUGUGAAUGUAACAUCAACGGUACCGAAGGCUACUACUGUGAAUCGUCAAAUGGCAAAUGUCCAUGCAAACCAAACUUUGCUGGCGAUUACUGUGAACGAUGCGCCGACGGUUUCUAUGGACCAGAGUGUUUGGCUUGUGAAUGUGACCCAACUGGCUCUCUGAAUGAUGUUUGCGACCUCCAAUCUGGCCAAUGUAUUUGUAAUCCACGAUUCGAUGGUGCACACUGUGAUCGCUGUAAAGAUGGUUACUUUGCCUAUCCAGAGUGUAAUUACUGUAAUUGCGAUCUUCAAGGAACCGAAUCGGAAGUGUGUGAUAAACAAGGAGGCAAAUGUUUGUGCAAAGAGGGUUAUGGUGGACCACGUUGUGAUCAAUGUCUGCCCGGCUACUACAACUAUCCAGAGUGUGUACAAUGUAAUUGUUCCACAGUUGGCAGUUACUCGACGGCAUGCGAUGCUUUGGGAAAAUGCCCUUGUUUGAACAACUUUGCCGGAAAACAGUGUACACAGUGCAGCGCUGGUUACUAUGAUUAUCCACAAUGUUUACCAUGCAAUUGUGAAUCUCCUGGAUCAAAUGGCGUUUCAUGUAACACCGACGGCCAAUGUAGCUGCUACCGAAACUAUGACGGCAAAAAUUGUGGCCAAUGUAAGGAAGGAUUCUACAAUUAUCCUGCUUGUGAAGAAUGUAACUGUGAUCCAGCUGGUGUGACAGCCGGAUUCUCUGGAUGUGGCUCGGUGCCAGCCGGUGAGCUGUGCCAGUGUAAAGAACGAGUUACUGGGCGCAUUUGUGACGAAUGUAAACCACUGUACUGGAAUUUGAACAUCACAAACCAUUUGGGUUGUGAUGAAUGUGACUGUUUCACAGAAGGAACCGUUGGUACCCUUGAUACAUGUGACUCAAAAACUGGUCAAUGUCAUUGCAAACCAUCGGUUCAGGGUCGCACCUGUAAAGAGUGUAAAGACGGUACAUUCGAUUUGGUGGGUGGAAAUAUUUUCGGUUGUAAAGACUGUAACUGUGAUGUCGGUGGUUCGGUGCACAGUAAUUGUGACAAAGAAACAGGCCAGUGUAAAUGCCACGCGCGGAUUAGUGGCAGAAAGUGUUCGGAAACACUUACAACUCAUUACUAUCCAACGUUGUAUCAGAAUCAAUUCGAAUUCGAAGACGGUUACACACCAUCCGGUGCCCAUGUUCGUUAUGAAUUUGACGAAUCACAAUUUCCUGGAUUCAGCAAACGAGGCUAUGCCAAAUUUACGGCAUUGCAAAGUGAAUUGCUGAACGAAGUCAACAUUAUUGGUUCGUCAGUUUAUCGAAUGGUCAUUCGUUAUGUUAAUCCAACCAAUGAAAAUAUCGUCGCAACCAUCUUAGUUACUAGCGAUAACCCGAAUGAAGUAGAUCAAACGUCGAAAGUGUUGUUCAAACCAACCAGCGAGCCACAAUUUGUGACGGUUUCCGGGUCGAAAGGUCCCGAGAUUCCAUCGGCGUUUGUGUUGGAUCCAGGACGUUAUACAAUCAGUGUUAAAACUGAUAAGUAUCUAUUUUUGGAUUAUUUCGUUUUGUUGCCAGCUGCCUACUAUGAAGCCACAAUUUUGACGAAAAAAAUCGAGAACCCAUGUGAAUUGGGUGACGUUGAAACAUGUCGACACUAUAAAUAUCCAUCGAUUGAAGAUUUUCGACCAGUUUCACGUGGUUUCAACGCCGAUGGUGAAGAAGCCACCGAAGUAUACUAUGAUGAUGAACAUUUGCAAUUGAUCAAUUCAAGACCAUUGCCACUUCUAAAUGAGCUGCAACAAAGCUUGAAUUAUGUGACCGACGUACCAAAAGCUGGUCGAUAUAUCGUUGUCGUUGACUAUGUCACCGAACGAAAACACCCAGAUUCAUAUGAAUUGAAAGUAAAAUUGGUGGAAAGCGAUCAACCAGAAGGAUUCAUUACAUUCCCAUCGUGUCUGUAUACCACCGUUUGCCGGCAACCAGUUAUUGACGAAGAUUCGACGGAACAAAUUUUCACAUUGAGCACACCAGGAUCACAAAACUUCCAAAUAACGGGAGAUGAAGGAUCUCAUGUUGCUAUCAAGUCAGUCACCGCAAUCCCAGUCGAAGAAUGGUCACUUGAUUUGAUCACACCAAGCCCGGUAUGCGUUAUGAAGAGUGGAUCUUGUGUACAGGCUUCAUUCUUAGGUGCACCAGAUUCGAAAAAGGUUGAAUUUGAGAGCUUCGCUGAAGUAGCCGAAAACAGUCCAACGGAUUUGUACAACAAUGAAACGAAAUUGAUUUAUCUUGGACCAGGACAUAGCACCAUCGAAAUCAAAUCACAAGUGCCAAAUUCAGGGCGUUACAACAUUUUGGUCAAAUACUAUCAACCAAAUCAUGCCAAAUUCGAUAUUUUAUACAAAAUUGACGCUGAUAAAUUGUCGUAUGAUGGCAAGCUAAAUUUGCGAAACUGUCCAUCGAAUUCGGGAUGCCGAGCAAUUACUGUACAGAACAACGGAGCCAAAUCAUUUGAAUUGGAACAAAAUGUGACAAUCACAUUCACGAAUACACGACAAAAGGGCGUUUGGUUGGAUUAUGUGCUUAUCGUUCCUGAGACUCAAUUCAAGGAUGAUCUUUUGCAAGAAGAAACUAUUGAUCAAACGAAAGAUUUCAUUGAACGGUGUGGCCAAGAUCAUUUCCACAUUCAAUUGAAUGCAUCCGAUUUCUGUAAACAAUCCGUAUUUUCACUGACCGCUGACUACAAUAAGGGAGCUUUACCAUGUAAUUGCGACUAUGAAGGUUCAACGUCAUUUGAGUGCGAUCCAUUCGGUGGUCAAUGCCAGUGUAAACCAAACAUCAUUGGACGACAGUGUGAUGCAUGUCGAACAGGCUUCUACGGUUUCCCCGAUUGUAAACCAUGCGAUUGCCCAUCGAAAUCGUUGUGUGAAAAAGACACCGGCGCUUGUAUCUGUCCACCUCAUGUAACUGGCGAAAAGUGCGACAAGUGCGAACCAUAUUCAUUUGGAUUCGAUCAAUUCUUCGGUUGUGAGCUUUGUAAUUGUGAUCCAUUGGGUGUUGACAACGGUGAACUUCAAUGUGAUCUAAAUAACGGUUCAUGCGCAUGUCGUCCAAAUAUUGAAGGAAGAAAAUGUGAUCAUUGUCGCAAUGGAUUCUUCAGUUUCCCACAUUGUCAGCCAUGUCGCUGUAGCAUUGAAGGAACCACACCAGAAAUCUGUGAUCAAGAAGAUGAACGAUGCUUCUGUAAAAAGAAUGUUGAAGGUCAACAGUGUGAUCGAUGUGUUGAUGGAACAUACAAUUUGCAGCAUUCAAAUCCAGAGGGUUGUACAAAAUGUUUCUGUUUCGGCAAAACAACACGCUGUGAACGGGCAUAUUUGCGUGCAUUCAAUAUUAGCAUGUUGAAGGAUGUGUCAGUGAAUACGAUUAAACUGUCACCAAUUGAAGCCCAAGUUCACCGAUGGCAAAUCGCCCCGCAGGAUCUCUUUGCCAAUGAAACAACCAUCGAAACGGAUUUUCCAUUGAAAAAGGAUAAAGAUGAGCUUAUCUACUUUGGUGUUCUUGACUAUUUGGAAGAUCAAAAGAAUCAUUUGACGGCAUACGGUGGCAGUCUAACGUACACAUUAUACUCGUCAGCCGUUUUGUUUGCCAAGGCAUUGAUCGGUCCGGAUGUUAUUCUUGAGGGUAAAACACAAACACUUUUACACAACAGCUACGAACAACCAGCCAAUGAGCAAGCCUUCCAAGGAUCGGUGAAAAUCGUUGAAUCAAGCUUUACUACGCUUUCCGGUGCGCCAGUUACCCGCGAACAAUUCAUGCAUGUGUUAAACCAAUUGAAUGCCAUUUACAUUCGUGCCACUUAUUGGGAUGAACCAUUGGUUAGCCAAUUGUCGGAUGCUUAUUUGGUGAUGGCCGAUCAAGAUGAAGACAAUUACGAUAAAUACGAAGAGCUUUCGGUCGAACGAUGCUACUGCCCGGCCGGCUACGCAGGAAAUUCAUGCGAAGAUUGCGCACCAGGCUAUUAUCGUGAUCCAAAUGGGCCGCAUGGUGGAUACUGUAUUCCAUGCGAUUGUAACGGCCAUGCUGAUACCUGCGAUCUCAACACAGGAGUUUGCAUCAACUGUAAACAUUCGACAACUGGAGAUCAUUGUGAACAAUGUAUUGUUGGAUACCAUGGUAAUGCCACAUAUGGUUCACCAAACGACUGUAUGAUCUGUGCAUGCCCAUUGCCAAUCGAUAGCAACAACUUUGCCACUGAAUGUGAAAUCUCCGAAGAUGGUUACAAAGUUCACUGUACAUGUCGUGAAGGCUACACUGGCGAAAAAUGCCAGGCUUGUGCACAUGGAUACUAUGGUACACCGACGAUUGAAGGCCAAAUAUGUCAACCGUGCCAAUGUUCCGGUAAUAUCGACCCAGAAGAGGAGGGCGCAUGCGAUUCGGUCAGUGGUGAAUGUUUGAAAUGCCGAAACAACACAUUCGGCCGUGCUUGUGAUUAUUGUGCACCAUUCUUCUAUGGAGAUGCUGUCAAUCUGAAGGAUUGUCAAAGCUGUGUUUGUGACAAGAGUGGAACGGAUCAUUGCGAUUCAGCCGAUGGUACAUGUCACUGUUAUCCAAAUGUGAUUGGCUCGAAAUGCGAUCGCUGCGAAGCAGAUCAUUAUGGAUUCGAAAGUGGUCGUGGUUGUACCGCGUGUGAAUGUGCUGUUGCUUCAAACAGUACACAAUGUGAUGACCAAACCGGUGAAUGUAGAUGCAAACCAGGUGUUACAGGACGUCAAUGUGAUCGAUGCUUACCAGGCUAUUGGAACUAUACCUCCGAGGGAUGUUUGUCUUGUUCAUGUAACAAUGAUUACUCGCGCGGAGUUGGCUGUAAUGUAUUGACCGGACAGUGUGAAUGUUUGCCAGGAGUUGUUGGAGAGAAAUGUAAUGCUUGCCCGCAUCGAUGGGUUUUGGUGCAGGAUCAUGGAUGUCAUGAGUGUGAUAUUUGUCAUCACAGUCUUUUGGACGUAACCGAUGCCAUUUCAAAUGAACUAGAACCCGUUAUUAUUGAUUUCCAAACGGUUGCCGGCGGUUAUUUCACAUCGCAGAAACUCAACUACUUGGAUGAUUUGGCCACCAAAAUUGAACCCGAUGUGAAGGCAUUGGAUCCAAACAGCGUUAAUCUAACACCAUUGGUCAAUAGCAUUGAUGCUUUGGAAUCAGAGGCAAAGAGUUUUGAACGUAAAUUACGUUACACCAAUGAUACGAUCAACGCUCAAUUGGUCGCCGGAAGUAAACUAUUGAACGAUUCACGUCACGUAUUGAGUGGAACAAGCAAAACGCUUGAAAACAUUCAGAACACCGUCUAUGAAGUUCAAAAGCUUGCCGACAGCUUUGAUACGUCGGGCAGUACAACAAAAGCUGAAAAUGCAAUUGCCGAAGCAAAUAUAAUUCUGGAUCAAUUGCGCGAUUUUGCCGUGGAUACGAAGCCAACCGAAAAGCAAUUGCAAAGUUCAAUUGACUAUCUGGCGAAAAUCGAAGAUUUUAUCGCACCAGUGAAACAACAGAAUAAAAAAUUGGACGAUUUACAUUCAGAUAUUAAAGCAUUUAGAGAGAAAUUGGAAGAUCUCAACAAGCAUGCCAACGAUGCCAUCAAACUUAGCUGGGAUGCCGACAAUUUACAUUCGAAAAAUAAGAAUGCAACGGUCAAUUCGAAAUUCGAUACGGUUAAAAAUCAUACCAAAGAAACCGAAAACAAUAUUGAAGGCACAUCAGAAUUGAAAACGGAGGGCGAUAUCGUUUUGGGUGAAAUCUUCCGGUUCUUGAAGAAUUUGGAAAAUGUAAACAACGAACUUAAAGCCAUCAAUGGACAAGUUGAGGCUGAUUUACCGGUCAAAGAAAAUGAAUUGAAUGGUUUGGAUGACAUCAUUGGGCGAGCCUCUGAUCAUGGAUCAGAACUUAGCGAUACAGCGGAUCAAUUGAAGAAUGAGCUAUCGAACAUAACAGCAAAUUCCGAACGGUCGUUGAUGGCCGCCAAUUCGUACUCUGACAUCGUUAGCCGCGUUGGCGAAGCAAGAAAUCUGGUCAAAGGAUCACAAGCAGCAGCAAAUAAUGCCACUGAAUUGAGUACUGGUAUUGGUAAUCACGCUGGUGAAUCAGAUAAUAACUCACGUGAAUUACUCGAAAAUGCAAGACAAGCACUUAAUGUCGUUCAAAGCGAUUUGCAGCCACACAUCAAUGAAGCCACAUCAGCCGUUAAACAAAUUCAGGAGCUGAACGCACGCAGUGAUGAAAAGACAAAAGCUAUUAACCAAGCUCUAGAUCAAGUGCCACAGUCAUCUCAAGGAAACAUUUGGCAAGAUGCUCGCAAGAGAGCUGACGAGGCAAAUGAAAAGGCAAGCGAAGCAAAAGAAAUAUUGAAGCCAAUUCUUGAGAAUUUGGAAGGUGGUGUAUCGAAUGCCAAGGAUUUGUCAAAGAAGAUCGAUGACACCAAUUUGGAUAUUGUUCAAGCAAGCACACAAAUUGAUCGUGUUUCAAAGAUUUUGCCCAAUUUACAAUCGCUUGUUGAUGACUUGAAGAUCAAACAAGAUGAAACAAAACGAUCGAGCAAUGAUUUGGCCGAACGUAUUGAGCGUCUUAAGAAGCAAAUCGAAAGUGCUCGCGAAUUGGCUAAUUCCAUCAAAGUUGGUGUACAAUUCCAUCCAAACACCACACUUGAAUUGGAAGCACCAUCGAAGAUCGGCCAAUUGGCAUCCGAUUUCACUACCUCACUUUACUUCCGAACCAACAAGACCGACGGACUUCUGUUGUACUUGGGCAAUGAAAACAAGCAAGACGGACGAAAAUACGGUAAACAAGGUGAUUACAUGGCGCUAGAAAUCGAAAACGGAUAUCCAAUUUUGUCGGUUGACUUGGGAGAUGGUCCAGACAAGAUAAUCAGCAAGAAGAAUGUUGCAAAUGGCAAAUGGCAUCAAGCGAUCGUCGAACGUAUCGGAAACGAUGCAAAAUUAACCAUCAAAGAAGAAACUGACGAUGGUAAAAUUUUAUCGCACGAAGUUCAAGAUCGAUUGAGCGGAAACGAUAAUGUCUUCGAUUUGACACGUGACAAUGCCAGAAUAUUCGUCGGCGGUUCACCGGAUAUCAAUCCAAAGGCUUUGAAAUACAACUCAUUCGAUGGUGAAAUCGAAGAUUUGCGCAUUGGAGACGAAAAAGUUGGCUUGUGGAACUUUGUCGAUGCACAAAAUAACAACGAUGGUGCACGCGAACGUAACCAAUUGACAGCAUCAGAAGCACAACCGACUGGAUAUCGGUUCAACGGCGAUGGAUAUGUGAUAUUAGACGCCAAACCAUAUUCGUUUAAACAACGUUCAAACAUUCAAUUCAAAUUCAAAGCGGGCCGUGACACUUUGGAUGGUUUGAUGUUCUAUGCAGGACGUAACCGACACUUUAUUUCGGUUGAAUUGAAGAAUGGUGGUGUUUACUUCCAAUACAAAUUGGGCCAACACUUGGUAUCGAUUGGUUCAAGUGAACAGUUCAAUGACAAUGAAUGGCAUUUGGUUGAAGCCGAACGUAAUGGACGUGCUGGCAUACUCAAGAUCGAUGGCAGAGAGAUUCGACAAGAAGAAUCACCAGUCGGAAGCGAAGAGAAUCUCAAGAUCUCAGAUACGAUGUACUUUGGUGGUCAUCCAUCAACGUUGAAUCACAGUGAAGUGACAUCGAAGAACUUUGACGGAUGCAUUGACGAAGUGUACAUUUCUGGCACGAAGAUCGAUUUAACACGGAACCUCAAAGCAUACCAUGCUCAAGCUGGAUGCACUACGAAAUUCUCAACCACAUUAUCAUAUCUACCGAGACAAUUCGGCUAUGUGCGUCACAAUAUUAGCGCAGUAAACCAAUUGCGAAUCAGUUUGAAAUUCAAGACGAAACAAGACAAAGGAAUCAUUUUCUAUGCAACCGAUCGCAGUCAAGACAACAAUAUUGCACUGUUUCUAGAAGACGGUGCACUUGUGUUGCGCAGUCAAAAUUCUGAGGUUAACACAUCGCCAGUGAAGUACAGCGACAGUGAUUGGCAUUACUUGUCAUUGUUGCAUGAUGAAAGCCGACUCAGUCUUUCGGUUGAUGAUACGCCAGAAAUUGUAGUAGAGAACACAAGACCAAUCAUCUUGGAUAAUGCCGAUAUUUACUUCGGUGGUUUGCCAAAGGGCUAUCAAGUUCCACCAUAUGCAGUCAACACGCCCGCAUACUUUGUCGGAUGCAUUUCCGAUGUUUACAUCAACGGACCGAUCAUAAACUUUGCUGAAUCUGGUGACCGAAAAUCAGCACUUUUGGAUAGUUGUUCACGUGAUGUUUUGGAUUAUGAUCCAAUCCUGGUGCCGAUUGUGUAUCCGGAAGAUAACUACGAGCCAAGCACUUUGGACAAAGAACUCGAAGAAAAGCGCCGCCUUGAAGAGGAAGCUCGACGAGGUGGUGGCGGCGGUGCCGGUGUUCCAGUAACCGAACAACCAAACAUAGACGUACGUGUGCGCCCAGAUGAAAAUGAAAUCGACAAUGAAAAUGCUGGAAAGCCAAAACCAGAAGAGACCCCAGUACCGGAUAACCAUCCAACUCCAUCGCCACAGGAAUAUUUGACAACAUCUACCACGGUGAAACCAACAAAGAGACGACCAGCCAAACAAGAUUCGGUGUGCAAAUUGUCAUCCGAUCCAGAACCAGAUGUUGGCUAUGAGGCUGGCUACCGCUUUGGAACCGUCAUUGACAGUCGCAUCGAAUUUGAAGAAGUGCCGAGCAAGCUGAAGAAGGGCUACGAAAUAUCAUUGGAAUUCAAGACCGAUCAACCAGAUGGCUUGUUGUUCUAUGCAGCCGAUAAUCGUCACACCGAUUUCGUUGCUCUUUAUUUGCAAGAUGGAUUUGUAUACCAUAAAUUCAACUGUGGUUCUGGUUCAGCCAACAUGACAUCAAAGAAUCAAUACAAUAACAGCGCUUGGAACACAGUUCUUAUAUCACGUCAAUCGUCAAAGGGACAACUGUUGAUCAAUGGAGAUGAUGAAGUGUCCGCUGAAUCGGUUGGAAACACCAGACUAAUGUCACUUCAAGCGCCAUACUUGUUUGGUGGAGUGCCAUCAAACCUAAAGGAAGACGUUGAACUCAAUGCAGGCCAAAAUUCAGCCAAAAUCUUCCAGGGUUGCAUUCGAAACAUCCAAGUUGGUGGACGUCCUUGGGGCGAACCAAGUAAGGCUGUCGGCACAACACCAUGCUCAGAACAAGUAGAGAAUGGUAUCUUCUUCAACGGCGGUUACAUUAAGUUGCGAGAUAAGUUCAAGGUUGGAAUCGAAACGACCAUUUCAUUCGAUAUCAAACCACGAACACUCAACGGUUUGUUGUUAUCGGUGCAUGGAAAGAAGGCCAUGUUUGCAUUGCAAUUGAUCAACGGUACAAUCAACUUUACGGUGGACAAUGGUGGCGGACCAAUCACGGCCGUAUUCCAACCCGAACCCAAUAAGACGUUCUGUGACGGUGAAUGGCACACAGUAACUGCAAUCAAAUCACAAUAUGUUAUUACAUUGAUUGUCGAUUCAUGGAAUUCGAAUCCAACAAUUGGUGCAAUCACAACCUCUUCAACCGAUACCACUCGACCGCUAUUCUUGGGUGGCCAUCCACAUCUUUCGAAGGCCAGAGGUCUCACCGUGCGACGUCCAUUCGUUGGUUGCAUUCGUAAUGUUAAAAUCAAGAACGUUGCCCAACCAAUCAGCCUAAGCAUGGCCAACGGCAAUGUUCGUGCUGGCGUUUGCCCACUCUACUAAAGAGGCGCAUAUGUGUAACGCAUUAUAAAAAACAAACUACAUAAAAAAUAUUAUAAUUUCAAACUCAAAUCCGAAUUCAACUAUCAAUUUUUUUUUUACUUCUUUUUGUCAAAACACAUUCAUUCAAUAAAGCAAUAGAACCGGAACAAA